AAUCAAUUUUUGCUGCAUGAUCCAAGAAGAUCUAAUGAACGAAACCUGAAUCCCCACCACAAUACCACACAGGGUUUGUGGGCUCCUGCUUAAAAUAAUGAAAGCUACAUAGUUAAAAGGGUUCUUGUCUUUUCGAACAUAAAAUCAUCACACAUACCCCUUGACUUAUUGGGAUUUUAUGUGUUUGUUUAAUGAUUACUUGAAGCUUUCAUGUAGUUUCCUGUAAAUUCCUCACUGCCCUCUUUCCUAUUUAAGCACUGAAAGUUGGCAGUUUUUUCCCCUUACCUGCCAAGAACAGUUUGCAAAAUUUCUUUUUCUCAAAAUUAGAGUUGUGAGCUUGUGAAUCUUGGUGGGUUUUGAUGGUACCCAGACAGCUACUUAGAGAGGGGGCUGAAGCAGAUUCUCAGCAUCAGAUCAAACGCCGUCGGUCCCUCUCGACUAUAUUCAAAGGGGCGAGUAGUGCUCGGAGUCUGCAAGAAUAUGUGCCCAGCUUGGAACCACUCAUUCGAAAAUGGGUGCAAGAAGCGGUCGACCGCGCGAUGGACCCUUUUCUGGGGUUAGUUUUUUUAUCCUCCUCAAAUCAAAUUGAGUGCUCGGGAUCAAGAACUCUGCAGCUGCAGUUUCAGGGCAACUUGCCUCGAACUCUGUUUACGGGCAGUAGGGUUCUAUCCGUGGAUAAAAGCCCGAUAAAAGUUGUCCUGUGUGAUUCCACUUCUGGAAAAAUAGUAACAUCUGGUCCCCUUUCUUCAAUCAAAGCGAAUAUCGUUGUGCUUGAUGGCGAUUUUAGUCCUGACGAUGGGGAAGACUGGUCGGAGAAGGACUUUGAGAGCAAGAUUGUUCAGAACAGAGAAGGGAAGAGGCCGUUGGUGACCGGAGAUUUAACAGUUCCGUUGCAGAAUGGAGUUGGUUGCAUCGGUGAGGUGAGCUUCACAGAUAACUCAAGCUGGAUCAGAAGUGGGAAAUUCCGGUUGGGGGCGAAAGUGCAUCCUAGUGCUCAUGAAAUAAGCAUUAGGGAAGCAAUGAGCAGCCCCUUCAAAGUCAAAGAUCACCGUGGAGAAUCAUACCAGAAACACUAUCCCCCAUCCUUAGACGACGAAGUAUGGCGUCUGGACAAGAUUGCCAAGGACGGUGCGUCCCACAAACGACUUAACCAGUUUGGUAUUUCCUGUGUGGGAGACUUCUUGAGGUCGUACAUCACAAAUGAGCUCCAACUACGCUCAGCACUCCGCAAUGUCUCAAACAAGACAUGGGAAACGAUCACUCGACAUGCCAUGACCUGUACGUUAGACGACAAGAAAUACAUGUACGGGACUGCACAAGGGACAGGCCUGUUGUUCAACUCCAUCUACAAGGUUGUCGGAGCAACCUUCGACGGACACAGCUACCAGUCUGUUGAUAGUCUCAACAUGUAUCAGACGAGGAUGGUGGAGGAACUGAAGCAGCAUGCUUACAAGAACGUAAAGGACUGGGUUUCAGUUUGUGAUCAGUCUAUUGUUGCGUACCCAAUGCUUUUGGAAAAUCCAGCUGACACUUUCACUAAUCCGAACGUGGACCUCCAGGCCCCAAAUCGCCAUUUUCAACAAGAUAAACUAGAAAUUCAGAUGAACAAUCAUCAUCGAACAAUUUCACCACCCUACGAAGACUCAGUUGAACAUGAGAACAGUUCUUUUGAGUUGGUAGAGAGUUCAGAAAUGCAGGGGUUCAAUCCGGCAUUUAGAAACGGUUUCGAGUUGAGCAAUUCUUCCGGCGGAUUCUACAUCGCAGGACAAACGUGGGCUACUGGAGGGAACUACAUGGAGUCGCAUCUCUCGACUGAGGAUAUACCAGUGGACGACAAUUUUCAGGUCGAGUCAUCCGCAUGGCAUCAGAAUCAACUGUUUCUUGGUUCCAACACUGGUGAAAUCGGUAUAACAUCUUCUAAUUCUGGAAUCCUUAUCCCCAGGAACCGGAGGCCGAAAACAUGGUGGUGCAAGCUUCUGGCCGUGAUCAAGUGGCAGAUACUGGUCAAACGUAACGUCGCUGCAAGAAAAUGGAAACUACUCUAUCUAGAUGUAAAUAUUUCUUAGGUUUGCUGAAAAUGCGUGCAUCCCAAAUCUCUAUAUCUCUUAAACCCUUUGCUGAAAAUGCAACAAAAGGAGUUUGUGUCUAUGUACAUAGGAUUGAAUGAAUGAGGAUAAUUCUGUGCAACAUCAACAUGAAACAGAGUGUUGCACGGAAUUAUCUGAGUCAGUUUGUGUUGAGAUCCAGCAAACAGUGAAGAUUUGGUGCCCAAGAUGUGCUUCCUGAUGCUGGCUUGCUGUAAUUGUUUUAAAAUCUUUCAUUUGAGCUUUUCUCAUCUAAGUGUUGAGAUCUGCUGCGGUGAGGUUUUGAGUUAGUCUUCUGUGUACUGUUUAUGUCGAUAUCAGUUGUAUAUUCAAGUGUUCAUUUGUGUA